UUGAUCCCAAAGUCCAACCCUCACAUCAGUCGUUUCAGGAAGAAGCAAAGAAAGCAGUUUUUCUAACCACCUUAUAACUGAGAUACAUCAGACUAAAUGUUUUUAUAUCGCACUAGCGUUUUAUGUGUUGCGUUUGGUUGUAUCCAGUUGGCCUUUUCUAUGAAGCCCACGGGAACCCUCGUAGCUGAAACCCCACUCUAGAAGCCGGUGUUGGUGACUCAAAAGAUGGACUGGACAGUUAGCAGUCGGGCCCUUGUGUGGUACAUUAUCGCAUCGCUUUACCUACUACUGGUGGGUUUCUGCGCUGCGAGCACCGUGUCCCUGACUGAAAGCCUGCUCUUUGUGUCCACACUGGACGGAGACCUGCACGCCGUCAGCAAGAGAUCGGGUUCUAUCAAGUGGACUCUGAAAGAAGAUCCUGUUCUUCAGGUCCCCACACACGUCGCAGAGCCAGCCUUCUUGCCAGACCCCAACGAUGGCAGCCUGUACUCUCUCGGAGGCAAGAACAGCGAGGGCCUCACAAAACUACCGUUCACCAUCCCCGAGCUGGUCCAGGCCUCUCCCUGCAGGAGCUCAGAUGGCGUCCUCUACAUGGGUAAGAAACAGGACCUGUGGUAUGUGGUGGACCUGCUUACCGGUGAGAAGCAGCAGACACUGACCUCCUCCUUUGCCGAGAUGCUCUGUCCCUCCUCCUCACUCCUGUACCUGGGACGUACAGAGUACACCAUCACCAUGUACGACACAAAAAGCAGGGAGGUGCGGUGGAACGCCACCUACUCGGACUACGCCUCCACCCUGCCUGACGACGACACCAAAUACAAAAUGGCUCACUUCGUGUCCAACGGCGAUGGCCUUGUGGUGACGGUGGACAGCGAGUCGGGCAACGUCCACUGGUUCGAGAACUACAACUCGCCUGUGGUGGCCAUGUACAUCUGGCAGAGGGAGGGCCUGCGAAAGGUGCCCCUCACCAACGUGGCGGCUGAGACCCUGCGCUAUCUCACCUUCAUGUCCGGGGAGGUGGGCCGCAUCACCCAGUGGAAGUACCCCUUCCCCAAGGAGAAGAAGGCCAAGAACAAGCUAGUGCCAACUUUGUACGUGGGAAAAUACUCAUCCAGUCUGUACGCCUCUCCCUCGUUGGUGCAUGAUGGAGUCACUGUUGUGCCCCGGGGCAGCACCCUCCCCAUGCUGGAGGGUCCUGGCAGCCAGGACAGCGAGGAGUGUGUAAUCACCCCCACCACCAGCAUCAAGUUCAACGCCGGCCUCCGCAAGCGCCACCACAUGAACUUCAUGAGGAACUACCUGCUGCUCAUCGGUCACCACGAGACCCCCCCCGAGGCCCCCACCAAGAUCCUGGAGAGGUUCCCCAAAAACCUGCCUCGCCAUCAGGGCAACAUCAUCCCCCCCUCCACCGACAAGACCAUGGAGGAGAAGGUAAACGAGAGCAAGAUGGACGCCAGCCUCCCUCCCGACAGGCCCCAGACCUCCAUCCAGGAGCAGGCCUCCAGCGGGCGGGCCGCCAGACCCGAGGCCCCGGUGGACUCCAUGCUCAAGGACCUGGCCACCAUCAUCUUCUCCACUUUCCUGCUGGCUGGCUGGGUGGCCUUCGUCAUCACCUACCCCAAGAGUGUUCACAAGCAGCAGCAGCUGCAGCACCAGGAGUUCCAGAGGCAGAUGGAGGAGAGGCUGGAGCUGCUGCAGCGCCAGCAGCCCUUCCCCCCCCUGGGCGACCUGGGCAUGGGCCUGAGCCUCACCCCGGACAGCGACUACCUGGAGGUGGCCCGCACACGCUCCGAGAGCUCGGACCACAGCAGCCCCAAUAUCACCCCGCGAGCCUCAAACCACUCCAACAUGUCGGUGUCGGAGCUAGGCAGCUCGGCCAACGAGCACGACGAAGGAGAUGAGGAGUCGAGCACAGUCAGAAUCGGGAAAAUCACCUUCCGCCCCAGGAACGUCCUGGGCCACGGUGCUGAAGGAACCAUAGUCUACAAGGGUCAGUUUGACAACCGGCAGGUAGCGGUAAAGAGGAUCCUCCCAGAAUGCUUCAGCUUCGCAGACCGGGAGGUGCAGCUCCUGCGGGAGUCGGACGAGCACCCCAACGUCAUCCGCUACUUCUGCACCGAGCGGGACCGGCAGUUCCAGUACAUCGCCAUCGAGCUGUGCGCCGCGUCGCUGCAAGAGUAUGUGGAGACGGUGGAUUUUGACCGCGGUGGACUGGAACCCGUCGCCCUACUUCAGCAGACCAUGUCAGGCCUGGCUCACCUGCACUCUCUCAACAUAGUGCACCGGGACCUGAAGCCCCACAACAUCCUGGUGUCCAUGCCCAAUGCCCACGGCCGGGUGCGGGCCAUGAUCUCUGACUUUGGCCUUUGCAAGAAGCUGGCGGUGGGCCGCCACAGCUUCAGCAGGAGGUCCGGGGUGCCCGGCACCGAGGGCUGGAUCGCCCCCGAGGUGCUCAGCGAGGACUGCAAGGACAACCCGACCUGCACUGUGGACAUCUUCUCCGCCGGCUGUGUCUUCUACUACGUGGUGGCCCAGGGCAGCCACCCCUUCGGCAAGUCCCUGCAGAGGCAGGCCAACAUCCUCCUGGGAGCCUACAGUCUGGACAAACUGCUGCCCGACAGACACGAGGACAUUGUGGCCAGAGACAUCAUAGAGCAGAUGUUGAGCACGGAGCCCCAGGAGAGGCCCGCUGCUGAGAGUGUCCUCAAACACCCCUUCUUCUGGAGUCUGGAGCGGGAGCUGCACUUCUUCCAGGACGUCAGUGACCGAAUAGAAAAGGAGCCGCUGGAUGGACCAAUCGUGAGACAGCUAGAGCGAGGGGGGCGGGCUGUUGUCAAGUGUGAUUGGAGAGAACACAUUACAGUGCCUCUGCAAACAGAUCUGCGCAAAUUCCGCUCCUAUAAGGGUGGCUCGGUCCGAGAUCUGCUCAGGGCGAUGAGAAACAAGAAGCACCACUACAGAGAGCUGCCGCUGGAUGUGCAGGAGACCCUGGGCACCAUCCCUGAUGACUUUGUCUCCUACUUCACGUCCCGCUUCCCUCACUUGCUGAAGCACACCUACCUGGCCAUGCGCACCUGUGCUCACGAGAGGCCCUUCCUGCCCUACUACCCCAGCGUGGAGGAGCUGGCACGGACACACCGAGCCCCACAGAGACAAGAUGAGCCAAUCAAACGACGGCUAUCAAAAAUAAAGGGCCUCUCAAACACACAAGGCCUCUCAAACACACAAGGCCUCCCAAACACGGAAGGCCUCCCAAACACGGAAGGCCUCCCAAACACGGAAGGCCUCCCAAACACGGAAGGCCUCUCAAACACACAAGGCCUCUCAAACACGGAAGGCCUCUCAAACACGGAAGGCCUCUCAAACACGGAAGGCCUCUCAAACACGGAAGGCCUCUCAAACACGGAAGGCCUCUCAAACACACAAGGCCUCCCAAACACUGAAGGCCUCUCAAACACACAAGGCCUCUCAAACACGGAAGGCCUCUCAAACACGGAAGGCCUCUCAAACACGGAAGGCCUCCCAAACACGGAAGGCCUUUCAAACACACAAGGCCUCUCAAACACACAAGGCAUGCCAAAUACACAAUGCCUCUCAAAUACACAAGCAUCGCCAACACAACACCCCCCACCACAGACAUUACCGUCCGUCACACAAGCGGUCGGCGAAACGCUGACGCCACAAACUCCGCCCACAACGGAACCCACAAAGCCAGUGCCCGUCCCUGAUGCAGUAAGCCAGACAACAGUGCCAAACACACAGCCCGAGGAGGAGCCGGCAUGUUCUUCAGCGUUGACGCGCCACAAGGCCCUCCUGCCCAUUACGGUGGUCCCAGCUCAGGCGGCCCCCCCCAGCGCUCAACUCCAGGGGGCUGUCCUCUGAGGGAACGGACUCCUCCUGGAGCAGAGAGGCCGAAACUCAGCCAAACGCCCAUCCCCUACCUUCCCCCUGCACGGGACAGCCUGCCUGAGGGAACUAAACCCGGGGAUCGAGGGGUUGAUUCAGCAGGAUGAGGGAGGUUGAAUCGAUGAGUGGACACCUUCUGGGGCUCUGCUGCUGUCACUGCUGCCUUGAGCUGGGGAGGAACAGGCCUGCAGUGCCUGGAUUUCACCACCACGGGAUGCAGAGCAGCAGCAGCCCGAAAUUAAGUGCCUUCUGCUUGUUAGUCCGGGUUGCAUAGCGGACCCAAACGGAUCCUCCCACACACCCACACUUGCACACGCUGUUCUUCUGGUCGGGCUUGCAUGUCCAGAGGCAUUAACGUUUAUGCUGUCCGACGCCUUUACUUUACCGAGGCAACUUCAACACGAACAGUGUUAUUUUCCCCCCCAAAAUAAAUACCUGGCUUGUAUUGUAAGGGGCAAAAUCACUGUGUUGCUAUUGGAUGUUUUAUUGUGCAAUGUUGUUCUUGUCGUUGUUGUUGUACUCAGUGAGUCUGUUCACUGCAGGGAUGUGUAUUUUUUCUAUGGAGGGAUUGAGAGUCGGGAUUGAUCGGUGAUAAUCAAGUAAUUUUGACGCGGCCACCGUGCCUUGGGAUUAACACUGUGCUGUGAGGGGUACGUGUUUCUGAAGUGAAUUAUGCUCCGUACCGCUUUUUUCAUUGCUGCUGCUCUCGUAUUUUUCAGUUUUUAUUUUUCCUUCUCUAAAUCAAGCUCAAAUCAAAGCUUUUUGUACUGGCUUCUCGGCGGGAGAGAAUUUUAUUCCAAAGGGUGUUCAGACGUACAGUCUGAAUCCAGCAGUUGGUUUUAAAUCCUUUCGUCUUUGAUGUGGCAUCCACGUGAACCAGAGUACAAAGACAAACGCUUUGAAGCAGUCUUUAUUAAAAAAAUAGCGUUGACUUCUUACGCAUGUCGUCUAAUUUAACUUGAAAUCUCAUAUUAAACUUUUUUUAAUUAUAUUUUAAA